AUGGACUGCACCCCAUUUAUAAGAUGCCUGAAGAAAACGGGUUGGUUUCUAUGGAGCUAUCGUAACUACUUGAUCAUCUUAAUCACCCCUUUACUCAUACUUCCACUGCCAUUGCUCAUCCCUACUGCGGAGGCAAAAUGUGGCUUUGUCAUCAUACUAAUGGCACUAUACUGGUGCACAGAGUGUAUGCCCUUGGCUAUCACUGCUUUGUUACCAGUCAUUCUUUUUCCCAUGCUGGGCAUCAUGGAGUCCGGAAAGGUGUGUGUGCUUUACCUGAAGGACUCCAAUAUGCUGUUUAUUGGUGGUUUGCUGGUGGCCAUCGCGGUGGAACACUGGAACUUACACAAACGUAUUGCCCUGAGGGUCCUGCUCAUAAUGGGGGUCCGACCUGCUCUGUUAAUGCUGGGAUUUAUGAUCGUUACAGCAUUUCUCUCAAUGUGGAUCAGUAACACAGCAACCACAGCCAUGAUGCUGCCUAUAGUUCAGGCUGUACUGGAACAGCUCAGUAAAGCAGAAGCUGAAAGAGACGAGAAAGAACUAAUGGAGGGCAGAGACAACCAGGCUUUUGAGCUGGCUGAGAUCACCACCACCAAACUUCCCCCGGGCUAUACCAAAGAACAAACUGAGAUCUCAGAUCCAGAGUGCCACACAGAUCGAGUUGCCGAAUACAAGAAAAAGGUUCUAGAGCAGAAGUAUCUAUGGCUGAAUAAAGGGAUGAGCUUGAGCGUGUGUUAUUCUGCCAGCAUUGGUGGCACUGCCACCCUUACAGGCACCACGCCAAACCUCAUCCUCAAGGGCCAAAUGGACGACAUCUUCCCAAGAAACCCUGAUGUGAUCAACUUUGUCACAUGGUUCGGCUUUGCCUUCCCCAACAUGGUACUGAUGCUUCUCCUCGCCUGGCUGUGGCUGCAGUGCAUGUAUCUGGGCUGGAAUUUUAAGGAGUCGUUUGGCUGUGGCCUAAACAAAGAAGGUGAACAUGAGGCUUACAAGGUGAUGAAGGAUGAAUAUAAGAAGCUUGGCAGUAUGAAAUUUGCUGAAGGAGCAGUGCUUUUUAUCUUUGUAUCACUGGUGGUGUUGUGGUUCAGCAGAGAGCCAGGUUUUAUGCCAGGCUGGGCAGCCACUUUAAACGAGAAUGGACAGUUUGUUACGGAUGGCACUGUAGCCAUUCUUGUAUCAACUCUGUUCUUCAUCAUCCCUUCAAAACUGCCAUGGAGCUCAAGCACUAGUUACGAAGAUUAUGGGAUUGGGCAUCAAGGAACCGAACAAGAAGAGAACACAACAAGGUCUACACAGAGCAAAAGCAAGGCUCCUCCAGCUCUGCUAGAGUGGAAGGUGGUGCAUGACCGAAUGCCCUGGAACAUCGUCCUACUCCUGGGUGGUGGAUUUGCCUUAGCGAGUGGCAGUGAGGUUUCUGGGCUGUCGCUGUGGUUGGGUGAGAGUUUGGCCCCACUAAAAAGCAUUCCACCCUUUGCCAUUUCACUGCUGCUCUGUCUACUGGUGGGAACGUUCACUGAAUGCUCCAGCAACACAGCCACAACCACACUCUUUCUUCCUAUCCUUGCUUCCAUGGCUACAGCUAUAAAGCUCCAUCCACUGUAUGUCAUGCUGCCCUGCACUAUUUCUGCUUCAAUGGCCUUCAUGCUUCCUGUAGCAACUCCUCCCAACGCCAUUGCAUUCUCCUACGGCACCCUUAAAGUGGUUGACAUGGCAAAGGCUGGUGCCAUGCUCAACAUCAUCGGCAUCCUGUGCAUCAACUUAGGAAUAAACACGUGGGGAGCAGCUUUAUUUGAACUUCACACUUUCCCCGUAUGGGCCAACUUUACAAAUGGAACGGUAUGAGAGAGCUUUCCAGAGAGCUUGAUUUAGUAAGGCAGCGAUGAGGAGGCAGAAAGCAGAAAGUGAAGAGUCAAAGGGAAGCAAAUGCAUCUCAAAUGGGGUUUAAUUGACUAUGUGUAGAGGCUCUCAGCAGCUAGUCCACAGGUCCAACCAAAACUAGAAAAAUCUCUAGACCCUUACCAUUCACGUUUAUGUAUUCAUUCUGUUUUUUAGCCAAUUUAAUCACUGCAGGUUAUUUUACUUUCUAAAAGUGAUUAUCAAAUGUUUACAUUAAAUAUUUGACUUACAAAAAAGCUUUUUUUGAAGCCCAGCCUGCUCUUGGUCUUUGGCAGUGAAUUUUGUAGAGUAAACAAGUUAACCAAGUCACCAUUUUGCAUUGCCAUUUGUGCAUGUCUGUUUUGUAUAGAUUUAUCCUUUUUUACUUCUGUUUUUAUGUUUAAAAGUUCAUGGUCUAUGCAUUUAUGUGUAUGCAAAAACAAACUGUAAGACAAGAGCUGUAUAAAUAAGUAGUCAUGUUUUUUGUAUUCAUUUAUGGAUUAUGAAGGUCCAGUUAAUGGAUGUGGAUUGUAAUCACAUAACACAUUUAUGCUGCUAUAACGGCAGGCAUUUGCUUGUGAAUAGUCUGGUUUCACCUGCUAGGAAAACUAUAGAUUUGCCCCAAAUUCUGCAGCAAAUUCCAUGCAAACUGUAAACAAAAAGUCUAUGUGGAUAGACAGAACUUACCAAGUAGUUAUUUAAAGUAGGUAACCAAUUAAAGUGUUAUGAUGAGCUUAAUGGAGAAGUGUGAUUCCUCGUUCUUUUCCCCAAAAUGAUACUAUAAUAGAACAGAAUGCUUUUUUACUUUAAUUUAUUAUAUUUUAUACACAUAUACACAUGUACAGUACAGUGAAUGUUUUUCCCACAUAUAGCAGCUUGUUUGGAAGCUGGGGUCAGAGCGCAAAGUCAGCCAUUGUAUGCCACCCCUGGGGCAGACAGGGUUAAGGGCUUUGCUCAAGGGACCUACAGUGGCUGCAUAGCAGAGCCUGGAUUUUACCCUAAAGCUCUACCCACUAGGCUACCACUGUCCCAUGUACUGUAUGUAUAUAAUGUUAGUAUAACACAAAUCUUAGUAAAAGGUGCCACAAAAUGUGAUUGGAUUUGAUAAAUUAUAAAAAAUGCAAAUGGUUAUUGUGUGGAAAUGAAGUGUCUGUGUGCACAUGUGUAAAAACAAUUAACCUAUUAACAAAUUUUAGAUUAUUUGCUAAUAGAUUAGACAAAAAUUCUAUUUAUAUAAACAAAUGACUUAUUUUGUGUGCCAGUUGGAAGUUUAUAUCUGUGCAAAAUACAGAGCUGGUCCAAUGCAAAUACAUUUAGCACUACAGUGUUAUUUACUACGACCAAAUAUCAUUCUAGUGAAAUCCAACAGCCUGUAAAUAAAAUACUGUUUGUUGUUCAA